AUGGUGAAAUAUGUAAACCAAGAGCUAUGUGGGCAAGCAAAGCAAAGAACCAAUUGGCUUGAACAAAUGGUGAAGAAGUUGGCAGAUGCCAAAUAUACAGAAGAGGAAAUGAAAGAGAGAAUAAAUGCUGAAAAGAAGCUGGAGACAUUUCAGCGUCUGGAAUUUGGGGAUCCUGGGAUAUAUGAGAGGAUGAAGCAGCUUCCUUCCAGAAGAAUUAUAGUAACCCAUCUGAGAGCUGAUCUCCUGCCACCAUCCAUUUUCCAAAGCAAGGCUAAGAUCCUUGUGCUAGUUCGGAACCCCAAGGACACGGCUGUCUCCUAUUACCACUUCAGAAACAACCUACCAGCGAUGCCGUCUUUCGCCUCCUGGGAUGAGUUCUUUGCAGACUUCAUGAAUGGAAAAUUGCCCUGGGGAUCCUACUUUGACCACCUAGUGGAACAGGACAAACACAUUGACAAUGAGAGUAUCAUGACAAUAAGCUAUGAGGAACUCAAAGAGGACCCAAUACUGGGGAUGAAAAAGAUUCCUUCCUUCUUUGGAUUUUCCCUGUGUGAGGAAGAUUUUUCCAGAAUUGCCAAGAAGACCAGUUUCAAAGCUAUGAAAGAGAAAUCCAGUAAAACCCAUGGAAAGUUUGGGGACAUCCUCUUCCGGAAAGGGGUCGUUGGAAACUGGAGAGAUGUCUUCUCUAAGGCUCAGGAUGAAGAAAUGGACCAGAAAUUUCAAGAUUCCCUAGGAGGAACAAAGAUGGCAGCAAAGAUAAAAUAUGAUGUGUAUUGCAAGGCCUGA